GAGAUAGAAAGCGAGCGACUCGUGCGCAAAACAGACGAGAACACGAAGAAGAAAUGCCGGGGCGCUUACCGACAGAAGCGGGCGAUAAGCGAGGCGCGCUGCCUCGAACUCGCACGAUAGGAAAGUGUCGGCGAGAUAAGCGCGCUGUCGCCGGGGUAACGCCGCACGCACGAACGCUACGUCGCGCCCUUCGUUGCGGCGGAGGCUGGUUGACAAUACAUUUAAUUCUCGAGCACGGCUUCUGUGUGAAGUACAGACAACGGUCGUAUUGGAACCGCUGUGCCGACAGACGUUCCUUGAGCCCAGUCAAAGCACAUUGUCGCGUGCAUACGCAGCUUCAGAGGCGAAUCAGGUCGGUCAUGGAUGGGAAGGACGGCCUGAACAACAACAACAAGCCCCAUUGUGCGGACAAGGAGUGCAACAAACCGCUAUCGGAUAAACCCGGACCUUUCCGGCCAUGCCCGGAAUGCCGCAAGAUCACGUGUGUGGCGUGCAAUGCGCAGCAUGAGGGCAAGAGCUGCGAUGAUCACAAAACCAACAUGUACAAACAAAGUAAGAAGCUGUGGGCUCGAAAUGUCACCGGAGACCACGUCAGUGGAGACCCGAGCAGAGAUUCGCACGCCGGGGACUUCGAGACGGAUCACGGCCUAGCUCAAGCGUGCGGAGGAGAAUCUUUUGCGGCAGGGCAGGAAGACUUGGCAGAGGAGGAUUACUCGGUGGUUUUCAACCCUGGAGACGAGUACUGCUGCGGCGUGGAUGGCUGCCUGUUCACCGUGAGUCUUCUCGAAGGAUCCACCAAGUUUUGGUGCCCCUGGUGCCACUGCAGACACAGGAUCGAAGGCGGCAAACUUGUGAAAGUUUCAAGGCCGCCUUCGCACGUGAACCGCAAGAUUCCGGGCGAAAUGAGGGAAAAGAGGACCCACAUCGGGGUGAACUUCUGACCUUACAUGUCGUCAGAAGCACAGUUGUAGGCGAUGUGUACCGGCAGAAUAAAUUACGUUUGUUUCAAAA